UCUAGCUCCUCCUCUACGGGUUUAGCGGCGGUUCAGAGUUGACAGGUUGCUCACUGCACUGUGUGUGUCGGUUAAAGAUGUCGGAAAAGACACCUCAAGGAGACUCGCAGGCCUCUUUCGCUAAGCGGAUCGACCCGAAAAAGGGGCCGCUGACCCCGGAGCAGAGCGCGUUUAUCCGGAGAGUGGAGCUCGAGCAGUGGAAGAAGAACGCCCAGAAACUGCGGGGCCGGAAUAUCUUCACCGGACUCGUUAUCGGGGGCUUGGUGUUGGGGAUCUACGGAUACACGUUCUACUCUGUGUCCCAGGAGAAGUUUUUGGAUGAGUUGGAGGAGGAAGCGAAGGUAGCGAGAAUGAGAGCGCCAAAGACAUCGGCCAACUAAACCUGAUCAGACGUGCGUUUCUCUGCACUGCAAAGCGAGUCAGCCGGACCGAGUUGUUUUUUAUUUUGGAGAUGCUGCUGCCGCUGGGAAUUGUGAAUACCCCUUUUGCAGUGGGCCAGGUUUUGUGAAAUGCGUAUUUCCUCAUUUGGACUGCAAACAUCCAAUGUCGGUUUAAAAUGCAAUCCCCCUGCCUUGUUGUGUCCCAUCUUUAUAAUGCAGUCUCGUAAUGCGUUGGCCAACUACAGCAUUAAAGGUGGCGCGCAGUAUUGCGGCUUUUGGAAUGCACAUGUAAUUUUAUUUUGAUAUUUAAGAACAUAUAUAAAGUCAUAUUUAGUGAUGUGCGUAAUCUGCGUUAUGAUUUUUUUAUUGUAUUCCAAAGUUAUGCUUUGAAUCCUGAUCAUGUGAUGUAUUAUUUUCUCAUCUAAAGCGUUUGUGCUUUACUAGAAUCUUUUUCCUCUAUCUGUAAAUUGAUUGUAUAACUUCCUUUGUUGAAGGAAAGUGUGUUCUGUCUUUACUUAGGACUUUGGUUUUACAAAACACAAUAAAUGGUCUUACACAA